CGCCCCGUUGGGGUUAACGUCACUCGCGUCAACAAUACUUGAGUAGUUACAGGUUGCCUUUAAAGUCUUAUCUAAGUAGCCUAUGCGAUAUAUCGUAUUUAUCCGCGUUGUAUUAGUUAGUUGUGAAGCAAGCCGUGUAUGAGCGUUGCUGUGAAUUUGUAAAGAUAAGGCCAUUAGGACCUUGAGGAGGAGGAGUUCAGAUAUUGAAGGCACUAGAGGACAGAGUAAAAGAGUAAAAGCGCUGCGCUGGUUGUGGAGCAUCGCCUCCCCGUUCGCGGGCGACAGCAUGCACCUUUAGGUGAUAAAGACGUCUCUGAAAUGUUGUUAGACCUUACCAUUGUGACCUGAAGCCGAUCUUAAAUCGGGCAAUUGAAUUCAAUAUAAGAGGAGGCGAAAGAAAAUGAAGACACGAGUGCGACAGGGGAUUAUUGGAGUACUCGUCAUAACCACAGUGACCGGUUUUAUGGUGAUGUACAACAACACUUCAAGGGCACCCUCCCCAUCCUCAUCAAGCCAACCUGGGGCCGGUGUUAUUCUGGAGGAGCCGCCCAAGAGAAGUACCACAGAUCCAAUAACAGUGCUGAGAGGCUACAAGAGUUUCGUCGAUCAGAAGCCACUGAAGAUGCACUGCAGCAGUUGCUCGCUGGUCAGCAGCUCGGGCCAGCUGACCGGCGGCAGGCGGGGCGAGGAGAUCGACCGCGCCCAGUGCGUCAUCCGCAUGAACGACGCCCCCAGCGCCCACUUCCAGCGGGACGUGGGCCAUCGCACCGACCUGCGCGUGGUGGCACACUCCAGCCUCACCAGGGUGCUAAGCAGACGGCAGGAGCUGCUCAACGCCAGCCAGGACACCGUGUUCAUCUUCUGGGGGCCCAGCAGCAGCAUGCGGAGGGACGGGAAGGGCACCAUGUUCAACAGCCUGAAGCUCGUGAAGCGGCUGCUGCCCAAACACAAGCUGUACGUGGUGUCCCAGCGCAAGAUGCUGAGCCUGGACGAGCUCUUCAAAAACGAGACGGGCAUGGACAGGAAGGGUUCCAAGUCGUGGCUGAGUACCGGCUGGUUCACCAUGAGCCUCGCCACGGAGCUGUGUGGCUCCAUCAACGUGUUUGGCAUGGUGCCUCCUGAUUUCUGCAGCCCCGCCAGCAGCUCCUCCACCCAGCGGCCCUCGGUGCCGUACCACUACUACGAGCCCCGGGGGCGGAGCGAGUGCUCCACCUACCUGUCCAACGAGCGCAGCCAGAAGGGCAGCCACCGCUUCGUCACAGAGAAGUCGGUGUUCGCCAGCUGGGCUCGCACCCACCCCAUCCGCUUCCAACAGCCGGACUGGACGCCGCGAAGCCCCGCCCCCGACGCAAUGGCAACCAACACCUCCGACACACGACAGCUUCAGCCGGUGCCAGACUCCAGACAUACGGAUGUACAGAUAAACAGUCAGAUCGACAGACAGGCAAGCAGACAGGUCAAUAGAUAGGCAGGUGGACAGAUAGACAGAUCAAUAAGCAGGCAGGCAAGUGUGUGUGUGUGUGUGUGUGUGUGUGUGUGUGUGUUUGUUACUGUUUACACAAUACUGGAUUUUCUAACUUCGAUACAAUCCCUUGCAAAAUAUUGAUAUUCCACAACUGCUAACUUGUGAUCGACCAAUAUAUCGGCCGGCCGAUAUUAACGGCUGAUAUUUGCGGUUUUUACUUGUAUCGUAUCGGCCGAUAUUUUUUUCAGUAUCGGACGAUUUUUAUUUAUUAUU